AUGAACAUGGACGGCGACAACGGCCUUGCCUGCCUCACCAAGAUCUCCUCCGCGUCCUCGGCGUCCACGGUCUCGCCGCUGCCCCACAUGUUCGUCAUCAAGGACCUGGUGGUGGACAUGACCAACUUCUACAGCCAGUACAAGAGCGUCGAGCCGUGGCUCAAGCGCAAGGACCCGCCGCCGCAGCAGGGCAAGGAGAUCCCGCAGACCAAGGCCGACCGCGCCAAGCUCGAUGGCAUGUAUGAGUGCAUCCUCUGCGCCUGCUGCUCCACCUCCUGCCCAUCCUACUGGUGGAACCCCGAGGAGUACCUCGGCCCUGCCGCGCUGCUCCACGCCAACAGGCUUCCGCUGUGGGGGACGCUUAUCAAACCAAAACUCAACAUGUUCAUGCACCUUCAAGCUCGAGGAUAUCACGGGGUGUCAGAGAAGAGAAACCUGCGGGACCACAAACGUAGAUUGCUUGCAGAAAAAUAUGAGCUGAGGGGAAAGCUGUAUAAGGCUGUCUGUAGGGACCCUGAUCUUCCAUUGGAUAUGCGGGAGAAGUUCCGCUAUAAGUUGUCCAAGUUGCCAAGAAAUAGCUCCAUGACACGCCUUAGAAACCGUUGCAUUUUCACAGGCCGGUCUCGCGCUGUAUACAAGAAAUUCCGCAUGUCCCGUAUUGUGUUCCGCACAUUGGCGAACAAGGGUGAACUGACGGGCGUAAAGAAAGCAUCGUGGUGGAUACAGGACAGCCGUGACCAGUUCACCAAGGAGCGCCUGGACGCCAUCAACGACGAGUUCAAGCUCUAUCGCUGCCACACCAUCAAGAACUGCACGCAUGCCUGUCCCAAGGGCCUGAACCCGGCAAAGCAGAUCGACACGAUCAAGAAGCUCCAGUUGGACGCCUGA